UCAUUGGGUUCUCAGCUUCCGGUCCUUGAAGAAGACUUAGCAUUAUUAGCGUUAGCAUAGCCCUCUUACUAGUGUGGCAUUAGAUGAAAUACCAUGUCUGACAAAGCGCAAAUACAAGAGGCAAUUAAAACACAAGGAGAAGUCGUGCGGAAACUAAAGACAGAAAAAGCAAGCAAGGAACAGAUCGAUGAGGAAGUUGCAAAACUGUUAGAGCUGAAGGCUCAGCUUGGAGGAGAUGAAGGCAAACACCAGUUCACUCUGAAGACUGCCAAGGGCACCAGGGACUAUAACCCCAAACAGAUGGCUAUCAGAGAGAAAGUCUUCAACACCAUCAUCGGCUGUUUCAAACGCCACGGAGCGGAGACCAUUGACACGCCGGUGUUUGAGCUGAAGGAAACCCUGACCGGAAAGUAUGGAGAGGAUUCUAAACUCAUCUAUGACCUGAAGGACCAAGGGGGCGAGCUGCUCUCCCUUAGAUAUGACCUCACUGUGCCCUUUGCCCGUUACCUGGCCAUGAACAAGAUCUCCAACAUCAAGCGCUACCAUAUCGCAAAGGUCUACCGCCGCGACAACCCUGCCAUGACCCGAGGACGCUACCGGGAGUUUUAUCAGUGUGAUUUUGACAUUGCUGGCCAGUAUGACCCCAUGAUCCCAGACGCCGAGUGUCUGAAGAUCGUCCACGAGAUCCUCAGUGAACUGGAGCUGGGAGACUUCCGCAUCAAGGUGAACGACAGACGUAUCCUCGAUGGAAUGUUUGCGGUGUGCGGCGUGCCAGACGACAAGUUCCGCACCAUCUGCUCCACGGUGGAUAAACUGGACAAGAUGUCCUGGGAGGAUGUGAGGAGUGAGAUGGUGAAGGAGAAGGGUCUUUCUGAGGAGGCCGCAGAUCAGAUCGGACAGUAUGUCAGCAUGCAGGGGGGUAAGGACCUGGCUGAGCGUCUGCUGCAGGAUGCCAAGAUGUCGCAAAGCAAGCAGGCAUGCGCCGGCCUAACCGACAUGAAGCUGCUGUUCAGCUACCUGGAGCUGUUCCAGGUCACAGACAAGGUGGUGUUUGACCUCAGUCUGGCCCGUGGGCUGGACUACUACACAGGUGUGAUUUACGAGGCCAUUCUGACCCAGAACGGCCCCGCCCCCGAGGCAGGUGAGAAGGGCGAAGAGGGUGUGAGCGUGGGCAGCGUGGCAGGUGGCGGACGUUAUGACGGCCUGGUGGGAAUGUUUGACCCCAAAGGCAGGAAAGUCCCAUGUGUGGGGGUCAGCAUCGGUAUCGAGAGGGUCUUCUCCAUCUUGGAGCAGAAAGCGGAGGCGUCAGCAGAGAAGGUGCGUACCACAGAGACUCAGGUCAUGGUGGCCUCUGCCCAGAAGAACCUUCUGGAGGAGAGACUCAAACUCACUGCUGAAUUGUGGAACGCCGGGAUAAAGGCCGAGGUGAUGUAUAAGAAGAACCCCAAACUGCUAAGCCAGCUGCAGCACUGUGAAGACUCUGGGAUUCCCCUGGUGGCCAUCCUGGGGGAGCAAGAGCUGAAGGACGGGGUGGUGAAGCUCAGAGACGUCCACAGCCGAGAGGAGGCUGAUGUGCUGAGGGCAGAACUCGUGGAGGAAAUAAAGAAAAGGAUUGCCGAUGUCUAAGUCACCGCUUCAACCCGACAACAGUCCAAAAACAGUUGUUUACCCCAAGUAAACAGGUCAACACUGACCACCUGAGACUCACCACAUGCCAACAAAGUCACUCAGGUUGCCCAAAACUCAUAUUAGUGGUCCCCUUCAGAAAAGGCAGUGAGUGUUUCUGUACUCACUACAUUCACAUAAGGCUACUCGGCUGUGUAACUAUGUUUCUAUGUCAUGUACAUUCAUCAGAGGCGACAUUGCAAUGUUCACUGUACUACAGCUUCAGUCUUGCAUCCAGAUCUUAACACACUAAAUGUAGGGAAAAUAUAAAUGGCCUGUCAACCCACCAAUAAACUGAUAAAUGUGGUGUUAACUU